AGAAAUUGAGAUACUUGUCACUCUUUCCAUCUGAGAAAUUUAUUCUCAAACAAUGGCCGCACUUCUGCAAGUCCCUUGUCAAUACUUGAACAGUAAGGCUGUUUUUUCUUCGCUUUUACUCAAUAAUGGAAAAUCCUGCAGCUUUCACAAACCGAAUUCCAGUUCAAAGUCCAGUUUCAGCAGGUUCAGAAUCAGAGCUGUGAAAGAAAAAACAGAGCAAAUCAAGAAUAACUCUUCCGCAGAGGAAGUCACACAGAAGUAUGGACUUGAAGCUGGUCUUUGGAAGAUAUUUUCUUCAAAGGGGGAAGGAAAUGAAGAAAACAAAGAAAAGAAGUCAAAAGGAGACCAAGCUAAGGAGUUGCUAGCAAAAUAUGGGGGAGCAUAUUUAGCCACUUCCAUCACUCUCUCCUUGAUAUCAUUUGGGCUAUGUUAUGCUCUAAUCACAGCUGGUGUAGAUGUACAAACAUUGCUUCAAAAGAUUGGGAUUUCCACUAAUGAAACUGGAGAAAAAGUUGGGACUUUUGCAUUGGCCUAUGCUGCACACAAGGCUGCUUCUCCAAUUAGAUUUCCUCCCACUGUAGCUCUUACACCUAUUGUUGCUAGUUGGAUUGGAAAGAAAGUUGAUAAAGAGAAUUGAUAGCGUAAUUGUAUUGAAAUACUUGAUCAUGUAAUGUCACAAUUUUGUUGCCAAAACAGCUUCUGUUGAUUAAUAUUAGGAAUCAUCCCCAGAGGGACAA